AUGCUGCUGCUGACCGUGCUGCUGGCGCUGCGGCUGUGGAUACCGCAUCCUCGCGGGUGCGAACCGUCGGCGGCGGCCAUCAGCACCGGCAACGGCACCGGCAACGGCACCGGCACCGGUACCGGCACCGACGAGUCGGACCGCCCCUGCCCCGCCUCCUGGUGGCCCGACGCCGGCCGAUGCUACCGCGUGGUGAGCAGCGCCGAACUGCCAGCCAGCUGGCACCUGGCGCGGGUCUGGUGCGCGCGGCACGCGCCCGGCGCCGACCUCGCCACCAUCACCACGGCCCGACUCAACCAGCUCGUCCUGCGGCACGGGCUGAUGCAGGCGUCCGGCGAGCUAUGGGUCGGCAUGACCGACCUGUUCGGCGAGGGCGCCUUCCGCUGGCUGGACGGCACACCGGCCGCGUUCGUGCCGUGGGGACCGAACCAGCCGGACAACACCGCCAGCAACCAGCACUGCGUGGCCCUGUCGCUCGCUAAUCACUCGUGGGCCGCGCCCGGCCAGUGGGACGACGACUUCUGUCACACCAUCAAGGGCGGCUUCGUCUGCCAAAUGCGGCCGUAG